AUGCUCAGGCCACUCCGCACAUGCCGACAGAUCUACCAAGAAGCCAAAUUUUUGGCAAUCUCAUGUGUCUCGUGGCCUGUGGAUUGCGGCGGUGACUUGGAUUUCGCCGGUUAUUAUCCCAAUCUGAACCCCGAUAUGCUCUCGGCCAUCAAAUCCGUCACUUUCUGCUAUCACAUGGAUCACACGUCCCGAGGGGAACAUAAUUGGCUGUUUUACCUUCCUGAUUAUCCCUUUGACAAGUUUGGGCUUCAUAACAUCGAGGAACUGGUUCUUUGGCCAACGGGACAGGAUGAAACGUGGAAAAAGUUGAAACCUCGAGAGGAUGCCGUAGGGGGUCCUGAUUCCCCCGUCGAAAUCACACUUGCUGCAUUUGCAAGGGCUCUGAUGGCUACCAUUCGACGAAGAAAGGCGCUGAAGAAAAUAGUUGUCGAUUGUAGACAAUUUAUUCUCAGGAAGAAUCUUCCCAAAUUGCGCAAGGAAUUUAGAUCAGAAUUCGCUGCGCCAUCUUUUCAGAACUGGAGCUGUGAACAGCUUGAGGUUGCAUUUCAGGGCGAUUACUAUAAUUGGGCUCAGCGUUGGUAUAUUAUUGUCGUCGAGCCUGAUCUCUGGAGGCUAGUUUAUGAGGGUCUUGACGACGAGGAGCGGUCGGUGACGUUGGAAUUCAGGGUCUCGGAUGAAUGGGAGGCAUACUAUGCCAAAUAUGCGGUUGACUCCCCUCCACUUAGGGAAAGGCAGCUCGCCUUUUUCGAGAGGGUGUUAAGUCCCGGUCUUCUGGAGACUUUAAGGAAUCUCGCAGCAGCGCAGGCUGAGAAUGGACAGGGGGAGAUGAGCCAGACGAGAAUGGACAUGAUGACGAUGACCCAAACGAAAACGACCAAGGGGUUGCCUUCGAUACAAUGGAUGAGGAGGACUUCGACAACCUGA